AUGGCAUCAUCAAAACCAAAUGUAGUCUUCGUUUUAGGUGGACCAGGAGCUGGCAAGGGUACACAAUGUGUUCGUAUUGCCGAAAAACAUGGUUAUGUUCAUUUGUCAGCUGGCGAUCUUCUUCGAGAAGAAGCAGCAAAACCUGAUUCAGUUCUAGGCAAUGAAAUCAACGAACAUAUAAAAAAUGGCUCUAUCGUACCUGUGGCAGUGACUUGCAAAUUGCUUGAAAAUGCUAUGCAAAAGAGUGGCAAAGAAAAUUUUUUAAUUGAUGGAUUUCCACGUAAUAAAGAUAAUGUUGAUGGAUGGAAACUAGCUAUGGAUGGAAAAGUUAAUCUUCGAUGCGUUCUCUUUUUUGAUUGUGAUGAACAGACCUGUGUUGCUCGAUGUCUUGAACGUGGUAAAGGAAGUGGACGUGCCGAUGACAAUGAGGAAAGUUUAAAGAAGCGUAUUGUAACAUACAAUAAUUCCACACGACCGGUAAUUGAACUUUACGAAAAAGAAAAUUUGGUUAAACGUAUUCAUGCUGCAAAUGAUGUUGACAAAGUAUUUGAAGAUGUCGAUCAUGUUUUUAGUGGACUUAAAUCAACUACUCAAUGA